UCAUUGUAUGGGUGUGUAUGCGUUAUACAUAUUGUUUGCGACAAACAGGGAUGCCAUUUCAAUGUUAAACUCAUCGUGUGACUUUUCUGUACUUGCUUCGUAUUCACAUUCACACACACAAACAUAUUAUUACAUACAGAGUGUGUGCGUGUUUGUGUACUUCUUUUUUUCUCUGUUCUUCUUUCAUCUAUCUUUGCGAACAGGCAAAAAACGAAUACACGAAGAGUGAGUAUAUAUCAUCCACAAAACCAACUGUACGAAACGACAAUUUACCUAUACUAUUGUGUCUCAUCGCAACCGUAUCAAAUACAAGACAAACACACAUUUCACAACGUUUUGGUUAGCAAUUUAUUUGAGUGAAGAGAAGAAAAUACGCGCUGCAGUUUCCCAUCACAUUUUGUUUAUAGUUUUUAUUUUCAUAUACACAAUUUGCGAUACAAAUUUUAAGAUAAAAAAAAACCGUGUCACUUGAACUUCAAGACUAAAUCACACAAUCACAUACAAGUACACACACACACACAUAACUGUUGGCAAAAAGAAAUGAUCAUGGAAGCUGUACCAUCACCCCAAUCGGUUGGCCGAGAAUUCGUACGUCAAUACUACACCCUGUUGAACAAAGCUCCCGACCAUCUUCAUCGUUUUUACAACAACAAUUCGAGCUUCGUCCAUGGCGGUCUCGAUCCACACAAUCGCGAGGCAACCAUGGUUAUCGGCCAGAAGCAGAUCUACAAUAAAAUCCAACAGCUCCGAUUUCGGGAUUGCCACGCCAAAAUCAGUCAGGUUGAUGCUCAAUCGACUCUUGGCGGCGGUGUUGUGGUCCAGGUAACCGGCGAAUUGUCAAACAACGGUGAACCAAUGCGACGUUUUACGCAAACCUUUGUGUUGGCAGCGCAAUCGCCCAAAAAGUACUACGUGCAUAACGACAUUUUCCGCUAUCAAGAUCUCAUAUCAGACGAUGAGGUCGAGGUGGAAAGCCGAUCGGAAAACGACGAUGAACAGGAGGUGGACUCCGGUACCGGUUUGGUCGUUGAUAACAAGCAACAGCAGUCUCAACAACCAAUUUACUACCCAUUGGGAAACGUUCAAUCUUAUCAACAGCAACCCCAACCAGCUGCUCAAUUGAACGGAGUCGUUCAACACGAUGAGAUUCUCCAGAAUUUGACGCCAUCGAACAACAACAUUGCCGUCAACAAUGUGAACAACAGUACCAGUGCUCAUACACCGUUGCAAAUCCAGUCUCAAACAAUGUCGGCACAACAGCAAAUCAUGCCGGUGGACCAGUUGGCUACUGUGGGCAAUCAGAAUGUCGCUGUAAACGACUUGGAAAACGUAUCGGUGCCCGUAUUACAAAAUGAAAUCGACCAGCAGAACGAUGUUAGUGCACAGGCAUCAGUGGAUAUUGAAUCCAAGGAUGAUUUGCCCAGCAUCCAGAGCGAGCAGAACAACAUCAACGAUAAUCAUACCAGUGCCGACGAAGUUUCAAAAUCAAUCCAGAGCGAGCCAAAGACAUACGCUCAGUUCUUCAAAUCGGACAACUUCAGCAGUGGCAUCAACUUUGUAUCUUCAUCGGCUACGAAUACGGGACGAACACCAAACACAACCAACACCUUGAACUCCCGAUCGCAAUCCACACGAACUGGCCAAAUCAGAGAACGAAGAUCGAGCAAUGCGAACCAAUUCAGUGACAACCAUCAGCUAUUUUUAGGAAAUGUACCCCAUCAUGCAACUGAGGAAGAACUAAAGGUGAUGUUUGGACGUUUUGGUACGGUCGUUGAUCUGAGAAUUCAUUCGAAACCGGGACCAAAAAUUCCAGGCGUCCGAGCACCGCAAAACUACGGUUUCAUUACCUACGAAGAUCCGGAUUCAGUGCAGAAUUGUCUAGCAAACAUGCCUCUGUACUACCCUGAAAACUCUCCUGAUGGCCAAAAAUUGAAUGUUGAAGAGAAAAAGGCACGUAUGCGUAACGAAAACUCAAACAAUGUCGAUCGCAACGACCGUGACCGAAACGAUCGAGGCCUUGGCCGAACCAUUUCGGGUGGUCAAAACAGAAACAGUGGCGAUCGCGAUCGAGGAAUUAACUUGAAUCGCAUAUCAAAUGCCCGGCCAGGCGGUGGAAAUCGACCAUUCAACCGAAAUGACCGACAACAAGGCCCACGAGGAAGCAACAAUCCAUCAAAUUCAGCAUCAGCUGGAAACGGUGGUGGCUACGCUCGUCGCUAAAACGCUCCAAGGAAAUGCAUGCCUAGACGUGCACAUGACACAAUAACACCGGCAACACAAUUUGAAGCGCCGGCCUUUGAAAAAAACAUGUGCACUUCUUCGCUGGAUACCAGAUUCGAUUUUAAUUUUCUAAUUUUUUUUUUAAACUAGUAAACAAACUUUGCAAUUAAUACAAACAAAAAAACAUCAACCAAACAAACAAACAAACAAACGAAAAAAAAAAACGUUCAUAAAUCUAGAAA